AUGUUCCACUCGAGAAGAUCGCGGGAGAGUAGGGCUAUAGACUCUGAGGCCUUAGCUGCCGCUUCGGCGAUAGGGAGGGCCCUGGACUCGAAGGGCACGAAAGUUAACGCAGAAAAGCUACCGCGCUACAAUAGCUUGUCUCGCUCCAAUUCCAUGGUUAGAGCUGCGUCAAUCAGUAGCAGGAACAACAGCUUGCGGACGCGUCGAGACUCUCGGCGGUCAUCUAGCUUGCAAUUGAAGGGUCCUAGGGUAAGGGAUAGUAUAGAUGAAAGCGAGUUUUAUGACGCCGAGGAUACAUUCCACGCGUUUGGCGGGGCUCAAACCCAAACAAAGCCUGUGACUGUGAAACGGUAUGUGCCUGGCCCCAGCGGACUCAAAUUGAUCGAGGUGCCUAUCUCAGAGGUUCAAAAACCUCCUUCUAGGAACUCUAGUAUGAACAGAAGAUCCGCGUCUGUUCACAGCGGUCUUUCAGUGCGCAACAACUCCCUAGGGAGAAAGACCUCUCUCAAUUCGCACGCUUCUCAGAAACAGAAGUCAUCUGCUCCCGUCACGCAAAAGCAAAAAAAAGAACCCAUGAUCCGUAGGUCGGAGCCACCCAAAAAUAACAAACCGCUUGUUGAGCAGUCUCUAAAAGAGGAGACUGACGAACAACUGCAAUUAGAUCGUCAAAAUAAAGAGGUCGUUAACCCCAUAGAACUCACUCCUCCUUCGAAAAAAGCAGCACCAGAGGUUUCAAUUUUGCGUUUGAGAGAAAAGCAAGUGAAUAUUGUUACAAAAACGGUGGACUCAGGGGACUUGAAUGAAACCAAGCAGCCGCCAACGGUGCUAAUUUCACCGCCUAAUGAAGAUAUCUCUGAAACUCAAAAUCACGCUGACCUGAAUGAUGCUAGCCCAUACCCUACCGAGGAAGAAGCUCUAAAACAGGCUACUGUGAGUAGUGAACCUGCGCCCAGAUCGGGAAUUCGCGGCAAAGAGAAUGAAAGCGGCAAAGAGAAUACUGGGAAGACUGUCGAGGAUGUUAUCAAAGAAGAGUCAAACGCUUCUUCGCGCAAUGAAGCGAAUAGUCCUACACAAAGCGCCAGCGCUGAGGAAGGUGGUGGCACUAAUGGUAAUAGCAUGGCUAAAUACAUACGAUCCGCCAACCAAUACCUAAACAAGGGCCACAAAAAAGUCUUGACUUCUGCUCAAGAGUCGAACGCCGGAGGCCUCGAGCAGCAGGCCAGCAGUCAAAUUACAGGGAACGGAGGUGGUGAGAUGGCACCUUUAAACAAGGUACCUUCUCCCAUGAAGCCUGCGUUGAAGAAAACUGCAAGUGACAACUCUAUGCGCAAUCCAUAUAAGGAAAACUUUGGUUCGAAGGCCGAGGAAGCUUACCUUUCGUUAGCGACAGCUGAGAACACUAGACUAAAUGCCCAAAUGUCUGACGAACACAGCAGGCGCCAACCCCCAGUGCGAAAAACGCGUCCAUCCUCAAUGGUGACUAACGCUACUGCAGUUCAGAAAAAUAUACCGGCAGUCACAAAGCCAAAGCAUAUGUCAAUGCAAACCCCCCUGCGUAGCGAAAUACGACCACCCGCUAGGUCAACUAUGCGGCCGGAAUCCAUCAGACAAGACAAGAAGAUAAAACCCAAAAGUCGCACUAGGCCUCAACAGACAAUCAAUGAUAAAAGAGCCUUUUUCCCUCCCGAACCUCCACAGAAAAGAUCAAGUUUCGAGAAGAUCAGACCUAAUGAGACUCAUAUGGGCUUUAAGAAGUUGUCUUUGAGAGACGAGGUGUCUGAAGAGGCUAAUUACGGACCUGUAGUAGGAGAAAACUUCCACAAUGACGCAAACUCAAUCUCCACUGGGCGAGACUCCUCGUCACAAAUCAGAAGUCAAGCAUCGCUGCCCGCUUCUAAUUCAGGAUGGAAGUCUAGGUUCCAUGACUCAGACUCUGAGGAUGAAUAUUCCCCUAUCUCAACUGUAAGUCCAGCCAAACCAACGGCAAAGCCAGGGGUCAGGAAUGGAGGGUUUUCCUUGAGAAAUAAAAAGGAUUCAGGUUUUGCGCCGCCGCAGCCGAACUUCGUGCAAUCUUCAACCGCGCCCAACUCGAAGCACAACACGCCAAACAAGAAGAUAAGUACAUUGUCUUUGAGAAGUGUAAGCAAUAAGAGUGACAUGUCACCUGCCAAGGGCAACAAUAACUUGAGCCAGAGGUUUUUUAGUGAGCAACUGUCUCCAAGUGCUGAAGAGGGCGACACCAAAAAGAAGAGCAGUUUUGGUAAAAAGCUCAAAAAGAUAUUUGGGAGAAAGAAAUAA